AUGGUUGCAGGUCUGGAGCUUCUUGUUUCUCCUGUAAUUGAAUCUUUGAUCAGCAACUUGGCUUCUACUGCUUUCAAUGGGAAUAAUCUCUUCUCGGAUGCCAAGUUUGAGCUGGAAAAUUUUUAUAAAACAUUAACAAAUAUUCAAGCUGUGUUAUGUGAUGCCAAAAAGAUGCAAGUGGAGAACAUGUUAGUACAAAGCUGGUUGAGAGAACUCAAGGAUGUGGCGUAUUGGGCUGAAGAAGUUGUAGGCGAGUUCCAUAAUGAAGCUCUUCGACGUAGAAUGGAGACUCAUGGUCGCAUGGGGAAAAAGAUAAAAAACUUCUUCUCGCUCUCUAACCCGGUUGGUUUUCGUCUCAAGAUGGCACGUAAAGUCAAAGAAAUCAACCGAAUGCUGGAUGGAAUCACUAAAGGUAUGGAGAGUUUCAAAUUUGUUAACCUGUGUAGUACUAGUAAUGGUGCUACUAGUUGCAAGGUGAAUAUAGAGAGAGAAACAUCCUCCCAUGUCAAUGAUUCUGAAGCUGUUCUCGGAAGAGAAACUGAUAAAUCCAAAGUGAUUGGUUUGUUAAUUGAUAAUUCAAACAGCAACCAGAAGAUUCACUACUCUGUUGUCAGGAUUGUCGGCAUGGGAGGGAUUGGCAAGACGACUCUUGCUCAAUUGGUCUACGCUGAUGAGUCUGUAAAGGAGCAUUUUCAGAUCAAAAUGUGGGUCUGCGUGUCCAUCAAAUCAAACACCAAGGAGAUUUUUACUGAUCUGCUAGAAUCCAGUUCUGGUGGAGUCUCAAACAUGGACGCCAUAAAAAAUCGCUUGAUAGAGAGACUAAAGGGGAAGAAAUAUCUUAUAGUACUCGAUGAUGUAUGGAUAGACAAUAAGAUCGAUGUGGAGAAGUUGUUGAAAGAUCUCUUGUCAAUGGGUUCCGAGGGAAGCAAAAUUCUAAUGACAAUGCGAAGUGAUGAAGAUAUUCCUCCUAAGAUGGGUGCAAAGAAGACUCCGAAUCUGGUUGAUAUUGGGUUGAAAAUUGUGAGGAAGUGUGGAGGUCUGCCUCUAGCUGCAAAGACUCUCGGGGGUUUGCUCCGCUCCAGAAGUGAUGAACAAGAAUGGUCAUAUAUCUUGAACAGCCAGAUUUGGAAUCUCCCGCAAAGUGAAGACAAGAUUAUAGGUGUAAUCAAGUUGAGUUACGAUCGUUUAUCACCGUCUCUAAAGCAGUGCUUCUCAUAUUGCUCGAUUUUCCCAAAGAAUUACAAUAUUUCAAAAAAGAAACUAAUCCGAUUGUGGAUGGCCGAAGGGUUCCUUAUUAGUCCGUCGGGUGAAAGUGAAGUUCUGGAAGCUGAUGAGAAGAGAAACCAGCGGGGAGAUAUCAAAUCAUUCAAAAUGCAUGAUCUUGUGCAUGAUCUUGCACUAUCAGUUGUUGGAACCGAAUCUUCAUUGGUGGCAGCAGAUAGUACAUUACAAGGUAAUGGUCUUAAAUGUACUGAAGACACAAACAGGCUUCGUCGAGUAGGUUUAGUCCUUGAUCUUGAUAUCUCAACAACUCCCUUGCCCAUAUAUAAGGCAAACAAAUUGCGGACUCUUAUAUCUUUUCCUUCUAGUCAUGCAUCCAAAAUUAAUGGCAGCAUCCGGGACUCUAUGGUCUCGAAUUGGAUUCUCUUAAGGGUGUUAGAUUUGAGAGAAGCUGCGAUUCAAGAGUUACCUGCAUCAAUUUGCAAAAUGAAGCACUUGAGGUACUUGGAUCUCUCGAGUACUUAUCUUGAGUUUUUUCCUUCUUCUUUCACUAAGCUCUACAACUUGCUGACUUUGAGAGUCAAAGAUUGUAUUCGACUUACUGAGCUUCCGAAAGACAUAAGGCACCUAAUCAGUCUGAAAUAUCUCAUAUAUAGCGAGGGACAUCAAGUCACUCAAAUGCCAAGGGGGUUAAGGAAAUUAAGCCAACUCCAAGAGUUAUCAACUUUCGUAGUAGGCAAAGGCAAAGGGUGUGGGAUAGAAGAAAUGAAAGAUUUGAAUUUCCUCGGAGGUAAACAUACUAUUUCAAGAUUGGAAAAUGUAAGUAAUUCAAUUGGAGCAAAUCUAAAGGAGAAGAAAGACAUUCGUUACUUGGCACUACAUUGGGGAGACACAGAUGAUCAUAAUUCUGUAAUCGAAAACACUCAUGAAUAUGAAAUGGUCUUUGAUGGUCUCCAGCCUCAUCCAUACCUAAAAGAAUUGGUGAUCAAGAACUUCAGUGGGUUUAAGUUUCCCACUUGGCUGGGGAGUACUUCUAUCUAUCUUCCACAUUUGGUGUGUGUCACUCUAGAAAAAUGUGAUAAAUGUGAACAUCUUCCGGGACUUGGACGACUUCAAUUUCUUAAAUUUUUUACAAUAGAGCGGAUGGUUUCUUUGAGGCGUAUUGGUAGUGAGUUCUAUGGAAGCAAUGAAGGGGCGGCAAUGACAACAAAUACAUCAUUUCCUUCUUUGAUAAAACUCUCUUUUCAGUGCAUGGAUAAUUUAGAGGAAUGGUUAGGGGACCAAUCGUCAUCUUUGGUGUCCUGUUUUCCCUGCCUUGAGGAGUUAAAGAUUCAAGGUCGAUCAAUGUUAAGAAUCAUGCCAACUCUAUUUCCAUCUCUUAGACUGAACUUGUUUGUUUGCAGCUGA